AUGACCAGCACCGACGAGACUAAGAAGAAAUUCUACGAGGACCUGCAUGCCUUCCUGAGGACUGUACCGAAGGCGGACGAGUUGAUUGUCCUUGAUGAGUUAAAAGCCCUCGUCGGCACAGAUCACGCUGCCUGGAGAGAAGAGCUGGGUCCCUAUGGUCUCAACGGCUCCAAUGACAAUACCCUGCUCCUCCUACGAACCUGUGCAGAACACCGGCACGUCCUGAGUAACCCCUACCUCCGUCUCCCGAUGCGAGAGAAGGCCACCUGGAUGCACCCUCGGUCGCAACACUGGCAUCUGCUGGAUUAGGUCCUCGUCCGGAGGUGACGCCAGCAUGAUGUGGUGGUGACAAUGGCGAUCCCCAGUGCCAACGGGCGGAACGACCAUCACCUCGUCAUAUCCAAGAUGCAAUUAACGUAUAGCGUCGAAGGAGGCCUCAAGGUAAGCCGAAUAUUGAUUUGUUGUCGUUGCCUGCUCGCCAUCUGCAUUUCAGCAAUGAGCUCUCUCAGCGGCUAGCCAGCCUUCCAGUCGCCACCGCCGCCGCUGACGAGAAUACCUCCCUGGAGCAUCAAUGGUGUCAAAUGCGAGACACAGUCCAAUCAACCGCCCUGGUUGUCCUCGGUCACGCACGACGCCAACACCAGGACUGUUUCGGUGACAACGACGCCGUCAUCAGUAACCUGGUCGCCGAGAAGAACUGCCUGCGCAAAGCCUACGUUAACCGCCCUACCGACGAAAACAAAGCAGUCUUCUACCGUAGUAACCGCCUUGUGCAACAGCGGUUGUGGGAGAUGCAGGAGGCCUGA